AUGCUGAUCUGGGCAUCAUACCCCUCUGCUGCCUCCUGUAAUAAUGUGCAGGUGUGUGAGUUCCUGGUGGAAUCAACAGUGGCUGCCGAGAAGUGUGAGGACAUGGAUGAGGGAUACGCCCAGUGCUCACAGUUCCUCUACAGUGUUCAGGAGAAGAUGGGCAUCAUGAACAGAGGGGUGGUGUAUGGACUGUGGGACUAUGAGGUGGAGGCUGAGGACGAGCUGUCCUUCAGGGAGGGGGACUGCAUGACCAUCCUGCGCAGGCAGGACCAGGAGGAGACGCAGUGGUGGUGGCCCCGCUGUGGGGACAAGGAGGGCUACAUCCCCCGAAACCUGCUGGGGCUGUACCUUAGGAUCAAACCCAGACAGAGAAGCCUGGCUGAAGAAUAUUAUGUGGCCUAUCAAACUGACAUUACACACAAACACACACGUAUACAUUUACACACACACACAGUUCAGCAGAACACUAAGAGUCCCAGUACAGCACAUCUUUGCUGA